UGACGUAAUUUUAAGAAACGAGGUUCGAGGAUAUGGCGGCUGGGCAUAUGUAAUAGUAUUCACGUCUACCUAAAAUUUUGUAAAAUUUGAUAUUUCUUAUUUGGCUGUUGUGUUAAGGUUAUUUUAGAGGUAUUUUUAGCGUGGAAAAUGAGUGUUGACGCAUAUGGCCCAAGCUCUCAGACGCUGACGUUUUUGGAUACCGAGGAAGGGGAUUUGAUUGGCGCUGAUACUCAAGGAUCCGAGUUUGAUUUUACUGAUUUUACUUUACCUUCUCAAAGUCAGACGCAGGCAUCUCAGCUUGAUUCCAGAAUACAGUCAUCGAAACAGAUAAAUGGAGACUUGGUGGAAAACUCGCUGGAUGCAGAUAUUACUUCGACCUCGAAAGCUCUAGGGGAGCUCCAGUUUGAAGAAGAUGACGAUGAAGCUUAUUAUAAUAAAGACCUGCCGGAGUUUGCGUGCAAGUACUGCGGCAUCCACGACCCCAGCUGCGUGCUCAUGUGCAACGUGUGCAAGAAGUGGUUCUGCAACGGCCGCGGCAACACCUCCGGCUCGCACAUCAUCAACCACCUGGUCCGCGCCAAACACAAGGAGGUGACGCUGCACAAGGACGGGCCGCUGGGGGAGACGGUGCUGGAGUGCUACUCGUGCGGCGUCAGGAACGUCUUCGUGCUGGGCUUCAUCCCGGCCAAGGCGGACUCCGUGGUGGUGCUGCUGUGCCGGCAGCCCUGCGCCGCCCAGAGCUCGCUCAAGGACAUGAACUGGGACCAGGAGCAGUGGAAGCCGCUGAUAGCGGACCGCUGCUUCCUGGCCUGGCUGGUGAAGGUGCCGGCGGAGCAGGAGCAGCUGAGGGCCCGCCAGAUCACGGCCCAGCAGAUCAACAAGCUGGAGGAGCUGUGGAAGGAGAAUGGCGAGGCCACCUUCCAGGACCUGGAGAAGCCCGGCGUGGACGAGGAGCCACAGCAAGUCCUGCUCAGGUACGAGGACGGCUACCAGUACCAGAACAUCUUCGGGCCGCUGGUGAAGCUGGAGGCGGACUACGACAAGAAGCUCAAGGAGUCGCAGACGCAGGAGAACAUUGAGGUGCGCUGGGACGUGGGGCUCAACAAGAAGACCAUCGCCUACUUCACCCUCGCCAAGACGGACGGCGACAUGAAGCUGAUGCACGGAGACGAGCUGCGGCUCCGCUACCUGGGGGAGCUGCACAAGCCCUGGUCCGGCGUGGGGCACGUCAUCAAGAUCCCGGACAACUUCGGCGAGGAGGUGGGCAUCGAGCUGAAGAACAACAGCGGCGCCCCCACCGAGUGCAUCUCCCACUUCGUCGUCGACUUCAUCUGGAAGUCCACCUCCUUCGACAGGAUGCAGCUGGCGCUGCGCAAGUUCGCGGUGGACGACGCGUCCGUGUCGGGCUACAUCUACCACCGGCUGCUGGGCCACGACGUGGAGGAGGUGCUGUUCCGCUGCCACAUGCCCAAGCACUUCUCCGCGCCCAACCUGCCCGACCUCAACCGCUCCCAGGUGUACGCGGUGAAGCACGCCAUCCAGCGCCCGCUGUCCCUGAUCCAAGGGCCGCCGGGCACGGGCAAGACGGUCACCUCGGCCUCCAUCGUGUACCACCUAGUGCGCCACAGCGGGGGCUCCGUGCUGGUGUGCGCGCCCUCCAACAUCGCCGUGGACCAGCUCACGGAGAAGAUCCACCGCACGGGGCUGAAGGUGGUGCGGCUGUGCGCCAAGUCGCGCGAGGCCAUCGACUCCCCGGUGUCCUUCCUCGCCUUGCACAACCAGAUACGCAGUCUCGACUGCAACACGGAGCUGCACAAGCUGCAGCAGCUGAAGGACGAGACGGGGGAGCUGUCCUCGGUGGACGAGAAGCGCUACCGCCUGCUGAAGAAGUCCGCGGAGAAGGAGCUGCUGGAGGCGGCGGACGUGAUCUGCUGCACCUGCGUGGGCGCCGGGGACCCGCGUCUCCAGCGCCUCAAGUUCCACUCCAUCCUCAUCGACGAGAGCAUGCAGGCCACGGAGCCCGAGUGCAUGGUGCCCGUCGUGCUGGGCGCCAAGCAGCUGAUCCUGGUGGGCGACCACUGCCAGCUCGGGCCGGUGGUGAUGUGCAAGAAGGCCGCCCGGGCGGGGCUCUCCCAGUCCCUCUUCGAGCGCCUCGUCGUCCUGGGCAUCCGCCCCUUCCGCCUCGAGGUCCAGUACCGCAUGCACCCGGAGCUGUCUCGCUUCCCCUCCAACUUCUUCUACGAGGGAUCCCUGCAGAACGGCGUCUGCGCUGAGGAGCGCAAGCUGACCAAGAUAGAGUUCCCGUGGCCGCAGCCCGACAAGCCCAUGUUCUUCUACGUGACGCAAGGCCAGGAGGAGAUAGCGGGCUCCGGGACGUCCUACCUGAACCGCACGGAGGCGGCCAACGUGGAGAAGAUCACCACGCGCUUCCUGCGCUGCGGGGUGAAGCCGGAGCAGAUCGGCAUCAUCACGCCCUACGAGGGACAGAGGGCGUACCUGGUGCAGUACAUGCAGUACCAGGGCUCGCUGCACUCCAAGCUGUACCAGGAGAUCGAGGUGGCGAGCGUGGAUGCCUUCCAGGGCCGCGAGAAGGACCUCAUCAUCAUGUCCUGCGUGCGCUCCAACGACCACCAGGGCAUCGGCUUCCUCAGCGACCCGCGCCGGCUCAACGUGGCGCUCACCCGCUCCAAGUACGGCAUCAUCAUCGUCGGCAACCCCAAGGUCCUCUCCAAGCAACCGCUCUGGAACCACUUGCUGAACUUCUACAAGGAGCACAAGGUGCUGGUGGAAGGUCCCCUGAACAACCUGAAGGAGUCGCUGAUACAGUUCUCCAAGCCCAAGAAGCUGGUGAACGCUGCCAACCCGGGCACUCACUUCAUGUCCACCUCCAUCUACGACGCCCGCGAGGCGCUGGUGCCGGGCAGCGUCUACGACCGCACGGGCCACAUGAACGGCACGCCCGCCAACAACUACUACCCUCGUCCAGGGGCGGGCGUGGCCGUGGACUUGUACGCGCGCACGCACGACCCCAUCAGCUACAUCUCGCCGGAGCGCGCGCAGGCCGCCAUGGCCAACAUGCCGGUGCCGGUCGGCAUGUUCAUGAACAUGGCCCACGUGCCGCCGCGCUUCUACAACCAGCACCAGCAGGCCCUGCAAGCGGCGCGGCAGAACCAGCGCAACCGGGUGCCGCCGCGCACCAAGACCAAGCUGGGGCGCGUGUCCGUGAAGGGCAACAUGAGCCAGGGGCCCAGCAGCCAGGACGCCACGCAGCCCUACAGCCAGGGCGCGCCCCUCACCCAGGGCAUGUCCCAGGGCAUGUCGCAGCCGGGGUUCAGCCUGUCCCAGCCGGGCCUGUCGCAGCCGGAGCUGUCCCAGGACAGCUACAUGGUGGGCGAGUUCCAGAGCCAGAUGGACGGCCUGCUGUCCCAGGACUCCACCUACCAGGGCGACCGCUCCGCCUUCUACCCCGUGCACAACGGCAACUUUUCCCAGCCGUACUGAGUAGCCGGGCCGUGUGACCGUCUGGUCGAGGCAGUGAUGGCGUGGCGCAGUCGGUAACCCGGGUCACGAGCGGAACCAGAGAUGGCAGAGCGGGGCGGGGCCUGUCGCGGAGGAGGACUCCCCGGGAGGCCGGCGGAGCAGCGGAGACGCGGGGCGACGGGCGACGGGCGGUCGUCUUCGCCGGGGCUCCGAGCGUGAACGUGUCGGCGAUACAACAUUCUCUCUCUUUCUCUUCUGUUUGCCUCCUUACCACUUGUAUGCUAAUCAUUAUUUUAAUUUUUUUUUUUUUUAGUCGAGUCUUGUGUCUAAAUAAAAUAGAUGAAUGGUUUUAUUUUUGGUGUACAUCAUCUUUGAGAUAAGGAAUGGGAGAAUUGUAGGAUUUUUUUGAAUUAAAAUUUUGUUGUGUGGUUUUUUUUUUUUCUGUAUUGAUAUGUGGCAGAUGGUAUAUGACACAAUUUUUUCUCAAAUAUGUAAAUAUUAUUAUUAUAUGAGUCUUUGAAUGAAAUUCAUUGAGGAAAGGUUAAAGAGUUUGUGAAAAAAAAAAAAACUGGCAUAUAUUAUUGAUUUUUGAUUAUAUUCUUAGUUACUAAAAACAAAAUUGGUUCUGAUAGAUGUGUCUGGUUUUGUGUAUUUGCACUUCAGAUAAUUGAGUUGCUUUUAUUCAUAAUAUUGAUCUGAAAAAAAAAAAAACAAUCUUUUUUAAUGGUAGAUACUCAUUGUAUUCCAGAGUGCAAGAUGGUAAGUUCUCAGCACAUUUUAACAUAAAAUUUCUAUAUUUUAACCAGAAUCUUUCUCAAAGCAUACCAAUGUUAUAACUCUUAUACAGUUGGCUCUCAUGAUUCUGAAGUGGUUUUUAAAAGAUGGUUUGUAAUACUUUCAUUUGAGAUAAGAAAAGAUGCUCGAGUUUGUCUUUUUAACUUUGGUUGGUUGGGAGGGGGGUGGGGGGGGGGGACAUAAGAAUUAUGUUCCUGGAAACCAGAAAAAAGUUAAACUAGUUUUUUAGGUAAUAAAUUGUAAUGAUACAAUGGUUGUGGAUAUACAGCUAAUUUGUAAUGAAAGUAUAGUAUGGUUAGAUAAAUAUGUGAAAAUGAAACAAAAAAUGUUUGGUUGAUGUUUACAUCUUAUUGAAAAUUGUUUCUAAAACUAUGAAAAAUUAUGUAUUCUAAGUUAACUUUAGUCUGUAAUAUUUCCACCUCGGUAAACUUUGUAAUACUUGGAAAAAUUUUGCACAAAAUUACAAAUUACAUUAAAACCCUGAUGCUACGACCCCCUUUUAGUACAACCACCUCUCUUUUAUGACCCCUUUUUUAAGAAACAGUAAAGAAGAAUGUUUUUGUUGAAAAUUAAAAUGUUUGACCAAAAUCAGCUGGAAAUUCAUUUGUACCAUAUUGUGCUGCGUUUUUAUUGGUGGACACUGUACUGCACCCCAUCCUCCCUCCUACCAUAGAUAUCGGCUCUGUGGCACCAGAUGACUACCCGCCGGCCGGCUGGCCGCUCAACAGCCAAUCAUUUUCUCGGACACAUCACCCUCUCAGUUUGUUCCUGUUAUUACAACUUAGAUUUGCGUGGUUUUGAAUCUCUCUCCUCGGUUUUGAUUACUCUUUGUAGAUGCCUUAUUACUUUGUUUUACGCUUUGAUUUGGUUGCACUUAAGAACUGAUUUUGUGAACAAAUGUUGACAACCCGCAAUUUUUUUUAAAUGUAAUUUAUGGACUUCUGAUGUGUGUAAAAUGAAUAGUAGGGCUGUGCGAGAUCCCAAAAUUCAAGAAAAGUUUUGGUCACGUGGUGAGGCGAUUCCCCUAACGGAGGGGGAAUUCACGUGACGUGUGGACGAACCAUACGAGUAGUGCUGCCACAAGUUGAGCUUAGAGGGGAACUGACACUUCUGGAACAUACACUGUUGGAGGUGAAAAUCUUUUCAGAUUUUUGAACCAACCAUCAAUUGACAGGGGGAAAAAAGGCAGAAAAUCUUGUUGUAAAAUAAUGUCUUUUUUAAACUUUUAAAUAACCUAAAAUUUCAUGUGUAAUUCUGUACAGCUGCAGCUUUUCUGUGAAAAAAAAAAAUCAAAGUUUUUUUUCCCUGUAAUAAACACAAGUAAUUUUUUGGUAGUAUACCAUUUAUAAGGUUGGUUUUAGGUUAGGUUAGAGACAUGUAAAACACUGAAAAUCAUGUGAAUGGUAAGUUAGCCACUUUAAAAAGUCUGUAAAAUAAUGGGGGACUCUGGUUAGCUUAAGUUUGGUACUAGUGCUGGGCCGAUACCAAUUUCCGAUCGAUUAAUUGGCUGAUAUUGUCGUCUUACUGGUCACAAUCAGAAUCAAUGGUGAUGGAGGUGUCAAUAGCAGCCAGUCUCCCUCCCCUUUUCUUUUACCCAAUCCCUUUUUGCCAGCCCACCCAAUUGGAAAGAUACAGUUGAGCCCGUUUAUGGGUCAAACGACCUGAUGUCAUGGUCUGGCUUUCUCUUUGGGAUGACUGUGAAAUUUGUGUCGCGUGCAAUCCCAGGCUUUUGACGUGAACACCGAAGCAGACUUGAACUUUUGACUGAUGAUUGCGUUGACGUGGCCUGAUGCUAGCCUGGCUCGAGGCUCCAGGGACCCCGCUUUCAUGUAAUCCCUCCAGUGCACACAAAUAUAUUUCCUCAUGAACAUAAGUUUCAAGGACAGAAUAUCAAAUCAUGUUUACUAACAUCUCUCUUUAUUCGGGGACGAGUUAUGGUCAAUCCAUAUUCUGUAGGUCAAUGUUUUCUUGCCACAGUGGCAAUAAAUAAGAUAACUCGCCACUGUGGGAUUGCUGUUCAUGGUUAUCUUUGAAUGUUUAAAUAAAAGACAAAAUUUCAAACUUAAAAUUAUAUCAAGAUCAUCAGCCAUUUCUUCUGUAUGUGGUUACAGUUGUACAAUAUUAUCAGUUACAGUUACCAUUUAGUACAUCUCAACCUAGAAUUGACGAUAGUCAUCUCUUUACGACGAUAGAUUAUUCAACCCUUCAUUUGUUAAAACCUACCAAUCCUAGAUUCAAGUUAUAUUCUUAACUUAAUACUUAAAACUUCAAAUCACAAUAGAAACAAUAAAAAUUCCUUCUGAGGACUAUUGGAACCCUAUUUCCGAACUUCAUGCUCCUGCUAGGUGGUACGUGUUCCUUACCAACUCAACUAAACUGCACGCGGGGCAGGGGUUCACAGGGAUGGGUUCGGGAUGUCCAAACGUAAUAUCAAACAUUCUUAUGCCAGCGCGGUCGAAUGGAGAGACUUGCAACUGUUUUAAGUGGUAAAUGCCUUUGGGUGGAACUCUUCGCUUGAAGCAACUGUUGCUGGUUACUUAGAUUUGUAGUGACUGCGUGGCCCAUGGUAGCUUCGGCAAAUACUCUCACUGUCAGACUGACAGCAGCCUAAAGAACUAUGCAGCUUGAAUAGCUAGAAGUUCCCGGAGCCCUGGCGGUCAUGUGUCUGGCUGAAGGAGCAUUGACCCCCCCCCCCCCCCCCUCCCCAACUGGACGUGUUGUGCGUACAGCGUAGCUUAGGCCCCCCCCCCCCUCCCCCUCCCGGCGAUCGCAGAGAGCGCCUCUGCGUGUCUUUAUUUGAGGAAGCACAUCUGUUUACUUUUAAAACUUACCGUUCAGAUAGCUUUGUGGCGAUGGUUCAGCGCACUGGCGUGUUAAUUUUAGCGAUGAAUUCAUCGCACACCAGUUGCGCGGCCAGAAAGGAUAGUGUUUGCUUCUGCCUCUCUAAGAUGAACUAUUCAGUUUUAUUAACCAGCCUAUAAGAAUUGUUACAGAUGUAGCUAUCAUUAUGCAAUCUCUCUCUUCAGUUUUUCAGUAUCGGCCUUAUUUCCUCCCUGAUCAACUGCAUUCAGAAUUUUAAGUUCCAUAGCAGGAGAAAUUUCUUUUUUUUCCCCUUAUUUAUUUGAAAACGAAAUAACAAAAGUAAAUAGUCAUAAAAAUUUGGAUGUGGUUCGUCUUACCAUAACCUCAUUUAUCAAUAAACAAAAUUAAUCACAACUUAAACUUUAAAUGAGAAUGUGUAAAUUUUUUUUUAACACAGUUGGGGAACAACACUCAUAAAAUCUUAAAUUUUUAUUUACGUAGCACUUUCACAAAAAUAAUAACAUUCAUGCCAACGAUCAUACAUUUUUACACAACUAUAAAUGCUCAUUCGUUAAGUGAAUGUAUAGUGAGACAUAUUUUCUAGGCGGUGGUUGCAAAGAAGUUAGGGAUAUAGAGUAUAUAGACUAAUCAUCUUUAAUACAUUAAUCAUAAUUUUAAUUUUUAAAAUUUACCUGCUACAGAGUGUGUUCUGGUCCUUCAAUAUUUCUAUGGCCAAUCGUAAGAUGGGGGCAGUAUUAUUUUCCUAAGCAAUAUGUAAUUAUGAAGGAAAUAAAAAAUUAUGACAUUUCUACAGAAAGCAUUGGAAGCAUUCUCUUUUUGUCUUUCAUAGUAACUUGUUUCUUUGAUGAAAUAGUGAAAUAAUACUUAGUUAUUUUGAGAUACAAAAUCAUAGGUUUAUAUGUUAUAUUGCGUUUGGAUGGGACCUAACAGCUGCUUUGGUUUAAAUAGUAUUGGUUGUACCGAUGUUCAUUAUAUGAGGGUUUACGUAACUUCUGCAUGUUUAUAGGUACUUUUUAAAAUUUGUGAAGUUUGUGUAUACUAUAAACUGGAGCAAGCAGAAGCCCUUAAUGUGACUGUUAUGGCUGAAAAUUCAAAGAGUGGUUUUGGGAACUUCUUAUGUCAUGGCGAGAAAAGAAAAGCCCGUAAAUGGGCUAUUAUAGUGGCCCUAUAUUGCGAUGUUAUCCAGUCUUAUUUGACACCUUCAGUUCGUGCUCGCUGGAUAAAUCUUAGCAGUCACUUUUGGUGUUACAUUUUUCUCGUUGUAGUGUUUAUUAUGUGAUCUUGGAUUCCUACUACCUGUUUGCAGCAUCUUGUGGAAUGUUGACUUUAAUUAAAAAUAUUAGGCACCGUUAGUGGUCAAAACAAGCACAACCUGAAAGUAGUUUUGAGAUGUGUAUACUAUUCAUGAAGAUGGUUGAGAUCAAUGCAAAGAAAUUAGUUUCCUUAAAUGCAUUCCAGUAUUCCUGUAAGCACUACGAAGUUCUUGUUUAUUUAUAAAUUGAAAUAGUGGCCAGCAGCAGUUUCUUUUUUAUACUUAACGCUGUGAACAAUCAAUUGUUAGAUGGUUUUCCAUGGAGUAGAAAAGCCGAUCAUAGAGCUGUGUGCGGCAGUGGAAGAGCUGGUCAGCAAGUACACACGGUACUGCGAAGCCCGGUGACGAGACGAAUGUCAGAAAGUGUAGCUGUGUGCGUGUAGCUCGAGCAUCUGUUCAUGUCUCCGUCUCUUUGUGAAGGAGUGGGCGUUGGUAGCGAUCUGGGCAGUUUUAGUCGUAGAGUGAGUAUAGAGGUAGAGCACUGGGCCUCUCGUUUGCUGGCAAUGGUGAAAUGCAAUCCAAGUAUGAGAAAUUAAGGUUUUCUUUUUUUCCCAGAUAUGGGACAAUUUUUUUUUUUUUAAUUUUUUGGUGUUCAUUUUUUGUGUUAAUUUUUUUUUUCCAGUGAUGAAUAGUGGAUGGAAGGUAAAAUAAUAAUAAUCCAAUGAGUUUAAAAGCAGUCUUAAUUUACAGGUUUGAGUCGUAGUAGGAAUUUUCACGCAUAAAAAAAAUGUAAUUUUGUAUUGUGUGCUGCUGAUUGUGUUAAAUUAUACAUCUUCAAGAUGUCAAGAUAACUUACACAACACAAGUUUUACGUGCACGAAGCUGAAUUGAGUGUUUUGCUGUGGUUAUGUUCAUAUGAAGAAGUCAGUUUCAUUUUAAGUGUGUGUCCUUGAUGCUGUGAUAGCUCAGGCAGAUGUCACAUGUUUGUUGCACGGUAGAUGUUGAUCUCAAAGAUGCUACCGUACGUCCCAGCCAGCACCCUCCUCCAUAUUCACUCCACUUUUUUGCACUGUGUGAUAAAGGUAGGAAAAAAAAAUAUUCUUUGUUAGGGAAUGAAAUUUUUGAAUAUUUUUUAAAAUAAACAUGUAAUAAAUUGCUCAAGUAACUAA